AUGACCAUUGACAAGGCCCCUGCUACUACUGGGGUCAACGAGGAUCCAGUCUCUUUGGAUCCUGAAUCUCCUCAGCCACCAGUGGAGGAUCAAGAUCAGCAGGAUGGUGUCCGUGUCGCAGAAGCAGUCACUGCUUCGUGGUCCAAGAAAUCCCUCAUCAUCACCUAUGCCUCCAUGUGGUUGUUGUAUUUCGUCAAUGGAUUAAACAGCAGCUUGACAGCGAACCUGUCUGCGUACAUCACGAGUGAUUUCUCGGAGCACUCGCUGCUUACUGUGAUCACUGUUAUCACCAGUGUCAUGGGUGCUGCGUGUCUGAUGCCUAUUGCCAAGGUGUUGAACCUGUGGGAUCGUACUUUGGGUAUCUGCAUCAUGAUUCUGAUCGCCAUCAUGGGCCUGAUUAUGAUGGCGGCCUGCAAUAACAUCGCAACGUACUGUGCUGCUCAGGCAUUCUACACUGUCGGUUUCACCGGUGUCAUCUUCUGUGUCGACGUGUUGACCUCCGAUACCUCUUCACUACGCAAUCGAGGCAUCGCCUAUGCCUUCACCUCCUCACCUUACAUCAUUACUGCCUUUGCUGGCUCGCCCCUAUCUAACCGAUUUCACGAGACCAACUGGCGAUGGGCCUAUGGAACCAUCUGCAUCAUUCUUCCUAUUGUCGCCCUCCCACUAAUCAUAACCUGGGAAUUGGCCAAGCGAAAGGCGGACAAGGAAGGCCGACUGCAAUACAAGCCCCGGAGCACUCGGACCUGGUGGCAGAGCGUUUGGUUCUACAUCAUCGAGUUCGAUAUCAUCGGCAUCCUCCUCAUGAUCGGCGGUCUAAUCCUUUUCCUCACCUCAUUCAACAUUGCCGGAAACACCGAAGGCGAAUGGGCCUCGGCCAAGAUCAUUGCAAUGAUGGUCGUCGGAUUCUUCGUUCUGGUGGCCUUUGUCGCCUACGAGCGAUGGGGAGCCCCCAAACCCUUCAUCCCAUACCAUCUAAUCACCGACCGCACCGUCAUCGGCGCUUGUCUACUAGACAUCACCUACCAAAUCUCCUACUACUGCUGGGCCAGCUACUUCACCUCCUUCCUCCAGGUCGUCUACAACACCAGCUUAACCCAAGCCGGUUAUAUCAGCGCCAUCUUCGACCUUAUGGACCCCAUCUGGCUCAUCGGCUGCGGCUACCUGAUCCGCGUCACCGGCCGAUUCAAAUGGCUGCUAUUAUGGGCCGUCCCACUUUACCUCCUCGCCAGCGGACUGAUGAUCUACUUCCGCCAACCCGGUCACAACGUCGGGUACAUGUGCAUGUGCCAGAUCUUCCUGGCCGUCGGCGGCGGUACUCUGAUCCUCAUCGAGCAGGUCUCUGUCCUGGCUGCCUCAAGACACGAAGACUACGCCGCUAUGCUGGCAUUGCUCAGCACAUUCGGGAAUCUGGGCGGUGCUGUAGGUGCGAGUGUCUCGGGCGCUAUCUGGACUAACACCCUCCCUCAGAAACUGAGAGAGUACCUCCCUGAUGACACCAAGGAUCAGUGGUCGGAUAUCUACGAGUCUCUGGAUAUUCAACUAAGUUACCCCGUGGGAUCUGACACCCGUAUUGCCAUUCAAAGAGCCUACGCGUAUAGUCAGCGAAAUAUGAUGAUUGCGGGCACCGCAGUCAUGGUUCUUUCGAUUGCUUGGAUCUUGAUGAUGAGGAAUAUCAAGAUCAAGGAUAAUAAGAAUGUCUCGCAGGUCCUGUUCUAG